GCCCCGCCCUGAGAAGGGGCUUCAAAAGACGCUGCCAAUGAUGCCGGGCGAGGGGGAGAAAGAUGGCGGAGGGGGGCGGAGUCUCGAGCCCUGUGAUUCUAGAGGAUUACUUUAUGGCAGAAGAAGAACUUUUGCUUGACAAAACAGGUGAAGAGGAUGAGAUUGAUCUUUACAAUAACUUGACCUUCACUUCCUCAGCCUAUCUGGAGGAAAGUGAGGCAAAAACCUUGGCUGCAGAUCCAGAAAAGGCUCCCGUGAAUGGAUUGGAAGAAGCGGUGCCUGCCGGGGAAGAGGUGGGCCAUUCAGAAACAGCAGAGGAGCAGCUGAUGCUAGAAGAUGUGUCAGAAGAUGAAAGCCAUCACUCUGAGCCGGAGAUUGUUUAUGAAGCCAUAGAGGAGUUAGGGGAGGAGGAGAUGGACAUGGCCGAACAGGAAGAGGAUCCUACGGGGGAGGAAGCAGACGAACAGAACGACCUGGGAGACCCUGCUGUCAUGAGAGCCGUGCGGGGCCAGUUUGCCUCAGAAGAAAGAUGGCCUCCGAGUCUCCUCCACUCAGCCUCUUUGUCAGGCUUGUCUGACUGCCAUGACCCUUCUCUUUCCGCAUGGCGAAGUUACUGGGGUGGGGAAGGAAAGAGAGAGGAUUCUGGUGUACUUAACCGUAGGAUUGCCAGCAGCCUUCCAGAUUACGCUACUGAUUACUUGAAUAAUUGCUUUGAGGCAGCUUCAAAAUCCGAUUUGUGGAACUCAGCACUGAGACGUACCUCAUCCCGAAAUCUGAUGGAGCUGCAGACAAUUUACGGAGAAGCUUCUCCCCUCAAGCGCUCGGCCUUCCGUGGGAGGUCCCGUAAGCCCUCUUCCCAGCGCUUCAUGCGGCCGCAGUCUCCCAUGAUGCCUUCUAUGCGAUCGCCAUAUCCAUUCACACCACCCCGCAGGACACGGUGCACGUUUAGCCUUAAUCGGACAUCGGGCUAUGCUUCACCCUCCUUUAGACCCUGGUUUUCAAACGUCAAUAGCCCAACCUGGCCUCUGAGUCGCUCUCUUGAUCCUCUGCUCUUCAGCCCAUCAGCUAGCAGCCAACAGAAGUUCAGCUUGGCCAAUGCCAUGACUCAGCUGCACCCCCUGCAUCAGCGGAUCCUGACUCAAAGGCAACAGCGAGGGGGAGACCAGAGAAUCCCCUCUAUGGAACCUCAGCCUCCGGAGACAGAUCCUUAUAGGGCCCUCAUGACUUCACUGGAAAAGGACUGGGUAAUAAAAGUGCAGAUGAUGCAGCUACAGAGUGAAAACCCCCAGAGGGACGACUACUACUAUCAGGAGUAUUAUCGCAAGCUGGAGCAUAAACAGGCAGAGAAGGGACUCCUGGGCAGGUGCAAGCAUGAAGUCCCCAAGCUAGUCACACCAUAUAUCCAGAAAGUGGAGACAUAUGAAUCAGUGGUGCGGAUCCCAGGGUCCUUGGGCCAGGUGGCUGUGUCCACGUGCUAUAGCCCUCGCAGGGCCAUUGAUGCUGUACAUCACAUCCCACUGGAGCAGGCUGUUGGGAAUCAGCGAGUACAAAUGCUGUAUCAGAUUGAGAAGAUGUACCUGCAACUGUUGGAUAUUGAGGACACUCAGCGGAAAUUGGUCCUGGCCCCAGAGGAACAACAUUCUCACUUCUGUGAUAAACUGGUUCACGAGGUGGGGCACAUCUAUCAAACUCUGAGAAUUGAAGACUGCAACAACAAAGAGGAAACGAAAGAUGAGUUCCUACAAAUCUUGCUGGUGGGAAAAGGAAAGAGGCUGGUGGCCCGUCUGUUGCCGCACUUGUCCCCAAAACAGGCCAAGCAGGUCCUGGUCACUGUUACAAAGCACUUGCCUUUCCUUAUAAAGAAGGACCUACUGGAUGAGACCCUGCCCAUUCUAUAUGGUCCCCUUGGCGAGGUCGUUGAACAGCUCACCUUCAGCGAGAUGGUGAACAUCCUUCAGGAGCUGACCGGGCUGCAGCCGGAUUCUGUGAAGCAGUCGCUUGCUAUGAUAUUUGGGAACAAGUUUGCUGUCUCUCUCCUGUAUUUGCUGCUGAGCCACGGUGAGAGAUGUCUUUCCUCCAGCAUGCCCCUAGAGCCCCGCAUUGGAGACUUUGAGAAAUGGUUGGAUACAGUGCUCCUUGUUGCUAGGGAGCUCUCUCAAGUGUCCAAGGCCAACAUAGUGGAGCCCCUUUACAUGCCCACCAAUCUUCAUUUUCUGUUCUGCCGCUAUGUGGACAAAGAGACGGUGAAUCGUCUGGAUGUCAAGAUGGAAUAGAGUAUUGGAUGAUCUAAAUGGUUGCCCAAAACUUCUGGGAUUCUUGGAGCAGAUUCCCUGCAGCAGCGUGGGACUCCUACCGGUAGCGACAUCUCCCUUUACCAUGAGAACUGAAAUACAGUGGCCACUUAUCAAAUGGGAUGCAUAAUUUAACUUCACAACCUUUUCUUCCUAGGGUUUAAUUUCUUUUCCCACUUAAAGCGCUCUAUGCUGGUUUAUCAAUAGACAAUCUGGGCAGCAGACCACGCGACACACACUUAACUGCCAGAGCUGGUGGACAAACAGCUGACCUGUACAGUGUAAAUUAUGGCCAUUGGGUGUGGGAAGGGAGGGCAAAUUCUUUGUGUUUGGGGCUUUGUAUAUAUACAGCACUUAAUAAAAUAAAAGCAAAUACCAGAA